AAAUAAAAUAAAAUAUGCAUGCCUAAAACGCGCCUCCGACACCUCUCCCUCUCUCUCUCUCUCGAUAACCGCCUCCGACGCCUCUCCCUCUCUAAAACGCGCUGGAAGAGACCACCGCCUCCGACGCUUAGGGUUUUGAUUUUGGGAUUGUUUUCAAAAAGCUUAGGGCUUUGUUUAUGCUUCUGUCACGAUCGCACUACCGCCACCACCGACCACACCACCACACUUCUUAGGUUAAGUUACAUAUGAAGCAGGCCGAGCCGUGAUAAGGCCCAGCCAGGCAGCCAGCCCAGGCCUGGUAGAUUGUGAAAGCGCGAACAUAUGAGAGUUGAGUUUUCAGUUGAAAUGGAUAGCGAUAUGGAAGAAUCUAUGCGAAAAAGACUCAGAAAAAACCCUUUCUCCGCCGAUUACUCUUCUCGCAAGAAUUUUAUGCAGGAUGAUAAUCGGUUGGAGAUUACACGAGCAAGAUUUGGAAGUUUGCUUAAAAGGCAUGGAAAUUUGGCAGAGCGUAUUUCUAGGGAUUCUGACAAGAUAAUAUUUGAGCGUCUUCAGAAAGAAUUUGAAGCUGCACGAGCUUCUCAAACUGAAGAGAUAUAUUUAGAUGGGGAACAGUGGAAUGAUGGUCUACUAGCUACGAUAAGAGAGCAGGUGCAUAUGGAGGCAGACAGAAAAGCAAUGUCUGGGGAUGCUGAUAUAUCAGCUGGACCUCAGGAAAGAAUUACUUACAAAACUGGAAACAAGGUAAUUUGCUGUUUGGAAGGGACAAGAAUUGGCAUACAGUAUGAGACAUCUUUUGCUGGUGAACAUUGUGAGUUUUACCACUGUGUGCUAGAGAGCAAGUCAUUUCUUCAAAGGAUGACUGUCCUUGAGCACACAGUGCCAUUUUUCUUGCCAAUACGCGAAACAGAAAAUGAACUCCUUUCAUCCAAUGCAAUGAAAUUCAUAGAUCACGUUGGAGAUCUACUGCAGGCAUACGUGGAUAGAAGGGAACAGGUCAGACUUAUAAAGGAACUUUAUGGAAAUCAAAUUGGAGAGCUGUAUCAUAGCCUUCCUUAUCACAUGAUCGAGUUUGUAUUGGAUGAUUUUGAUUGCAAAGUUACAGUCAGCCUUCGAUACACGGAUCUCAUUUCGGUGCUUCCAACUCGAAUUACAGUGCUAGCCUGGCCAAUGUCAAAGAAAAAUUCCACUGUAACUUUGAACCGGAUGGAAGAUGGAAUCUCAGGAAAUCAUCCUGCUCCAGUUCGAUUACCCUAUGCAGAAGAGGCCUUACGGACCAUGAGUCUACCAGAAGCUUAUGCAGAGAUUGUAUUAAAUCUUCCACAUGCGCUUCGGCAGAUGUACUACUAAAGAACUUAAAGCUCACCCUUUCAGCAGUCUGAAAGAUUCUCUUGUAAAUUAGUUAUAGGUUGAGGAUUCAUUUUUCUGUACUUGUCAUACGACAUAUCUUGUUAUUCCUUCAAUACCCUCUGGUGGUGGGCUGUAUAAUUUGUUGUACAACAGGGCUAGGUUGACUUUCAUUGACUAUUGAGACUUAAUUCAUCUCUCCUCCCCAAUCUAUAUACAUGUAAUUUGAUUA